UUGGGGUCGACUGAAAUGGAGAAAUUUCUAGUUCCAGUGGAACCCUCGAAUGAAGUCCCCAAACCAGUGAGGAGGCAACAAUGGAGUCGGAAUCUCGUCGAAUUGAACGGUAGGUUCGAUCCAAAAUACCGACAUUCAGUGUCCGAUUUACUCAUUCAAUCUUACUCAGAGGUUGGGGCUUUUCCUCAUUUGUAUCACCACCUCGAUGGUGUUCCUUGUCUCACUCAUAUAAACCGAGUAGCUAAUGCUGGGUAUAUUCACGGUCAAGCGCUCAUUAAAAAGGAGGGAAUUUCAGCUUUGGAUUUUGACAACAAGGGAAUAUAUUUGGUAUCUGUAACAAAAUCAGGGUGCUUAGCAGUGCAUGAUUUUGAGACUCUUUAUAGCCAAAGUAAGCAAUCCUCGGAAUGUGUGGAGGACGAAGCGAAACUCGUGCUGCACCUUAAUAGACAACAACAGCAACUUGACUUUGUCCGGUGGAACCUUGCCAACCAAGAUGAGGUGGUUUGCAGUUCCAUGAAAAGUAACGAGUUGCUCGUAUUUGAUGUUGGUUAUAUCUCUUCUGAACCAGCCCAAGUAUUAAAACUAAGACCUACUCUUUCUCUCCACAAUUUAAAUCUUCAUAAAGGUCUUUCGGAUAUUGCUUCUAAUGCUGGGGAUUCCAGGUUGUUUGCAUCAGAUACACAUGGUGUAGUCAACGUAUGGGACCGAAGGCUUGGUUUAUUUCCAUGUCUUGAACUUACUACUAAUUCUCGCAGUGCCAUUAAUAGUAUUCAAUUAAAUCUGGAAAACCAGAUUAUCUAUGGAGCCAAUAAGGAUGGGGUUAUUUACAUGUGGGAUCUUCGUGGAGGAAGACCAGCAUCUGCUUUCCGUAGUCAUAAAGAAAUUUGUCAUUCUCCCUUCACAUCAUUAAAGUUAUCAUCAGUCAUAAUGAAAAUUGGACUUCUGAAGGCCCAGUCUGAUAUAGUUGCAAAAGAGAUACACUCUAUUAAUAUCGAUCCAUCUUGCCCACACCAACUAGCAUUUCACCUUGAUGAUGGUUGGUCUGGUGUUUUGGACACCUUUAAUUUUGAUGUUACACAUAUUCAUUGCCCUCCUCCAGCUUGGUUAAAUGAAUCAAAUUUGGCUGAUCCAUCUUGUUUGCGAAAACCAUCAUGGCUACCUACAAAUUCUAUCUACGUAGUUGGAUCAUCCUCUGACAAUGGCAUUUAUUUACUAGAUUUCUACCCAGACCACAGUUCUCCCAGUCAUGUGGACUUUAAGGAGGAUGAGGAGAAAGCAUCUGGAAUCUUCAAACAAAACCGGUUUGUUCCAUUGUCGGAACCUGUCACUUCAUGCGCUGUUCAUCCUCUUAAUGGCUCCAUCAUAGCGGGAACAAAGUAUUCGUCUCUGCUCAUGGUUUCCCAAAAACAACAGCCAUGUUGAGCUGAAGAUUAUUACUAAUGAAGUCACCAUCAUCGUUUGCAGCUAGGGUUUGAUAUUCAACAACUCAUCAAUCUUGUUGAGAUUUGAUAUUCAACUGCGAAGAACCUCAGCAGCAUUAGAAUCACGCUUAAGCUCUUCCAUCUGAGGCCUCUGUUUGAAAGAUAUGUAGAAAGUGAAUUUUCAUCAGUGCUAGAACAAGUGUAAAAGAUGAAUGGAGUAUUAUGUAGACAACUUGUCGAACCUAAGAGGGGUUGAUAUCACAAAUUUCCCCCCAUGUGUCCCUACUCCCUAGGAAAUUUAUUUGCUAUAUGGUCUUUUGUUAAGUGUAAUCAAGUAGUUGUGAAAUAUCACGUGAUGAAACACACAAGACUACCAUUUGAAAUUUGGGAUUGGACUUGACACUUAUCAUUAAGUUUCAAUUGAUAUGGUAUAAAAAACUUCAUUCACUGA